AUUGCAACCGUGGCUGCUACAGCCACAGUUUAAAUUAACUUUGAGCAUUCGCUCGAUUUUCAGCCGUAUCCUGUCGUCAAACUCCGCGAGUGUGCAUUUAAAGGGCCCAAGAAGCCGCUUCGUUUUCGAUCUCGAAUUGCGGGGCAACUGGCGAUACCUGGAGGGCCGUGCGACGAGAACGCCAGGCGAGGGCAAAAAAAUCGGAUCAACCGACAGACAAAGCUGAACUGCGGUCGUCGCCGACAAAGUGCGCUGUGCACACACGGACGGCCAUAGAGAGAAUCGUGCUCGACAAGUGUUUGGUGAACAGCUAGCACCCUGGAGAAGCAAAACAAGCGCGCCCAGCUCAUCCGGGACAAGAUGGUGUUGGCGGAGCGCAACACCACGGACGUGGUGCGGAACGGUCGUCGGUCGCGCGGUCCCAGUCCCAAUACCCACACGCCCGGCGGCGGUGGGGUGGCCAACAAUGCCAACAGCCUCGUGGGCGGUGGCGGAGGAGGCGGCGGGAACUCCGGGAACCCGAAUGCCAACGAGAAGAACGCCUCCACAGCCGUGCCGGGCGCAGGGACGCCGGAGAGCUCGGACGACGACAACUCCACCAAGCGCAAUGGGAAAAGCAAGGCCAAGCAGUCGGAGUACGAAGAGAAAAUCCGCGUGGGUCGCGACUACCAGGCUGUGUGCCCGCCUUUGGUUCCGGAGGUGGAGCGGAGGCCCGAACAGAUGAACGAACGCGCACUCCUCGUCUGGUCGCCCACCAAGGAGAUUCCCGAUCUGAAAUUGGAGGAGUACAUCUCGGUGGCCAAGGAGAAGUACGGCUACAACGGCGAACAGGCUCUGGGCAUGCUCUUCUGGCACAAGCACGACCUGGAACGGGCCGUCAUGGAUCUGGCCAACUUCACGCCCUUCCCGGACGAGUGGACCAUCGAGGAUAAGGUGCUGUUCGAGCAGGCCUUCCAGUUUCACGGGAAGAGCUUCCACCGCAUCCGCCAGAUGCUGCCGGACAAAUCAAUAGCCAGUUUGGUCAAGUAUUACUACUCGUGGAAGAAGACGCGCCAUCGCAGCAGCGCCAUGGAUCGCCAGGAGAAGACCAUCAAGGCGGUGGUCAAGGAUGGCUCCGAGAACGGCAGCGAGGUGGGCAGCAAUGAGGAGUCUGAUAACGAUGACAAGAAGGGGCAACAUGGCAGCAAUAGCAACAACAAUGCAACCGACAACACCACAAACUCGACAACCAACAACACCACAAAUUCCCCCGCAAACACCAAUGCCACCAGCAACAGCAACAACAAUCACACCAACAGCAACAACGUGGGCAACAACCAGAACAACAACAACGGGGAUGAGAACAACCAAGGCGGCGGCGGAAGCAACAACAGCAGCAACAACACGAGCCACAACGAUCUGGACACCGAUCAGUUGUCCCUCCUCGCAGGAGGAGCAGGAAACGCCGACGAGGUGCUGGGAUUUGGCCUUUCUGCCGAUGGUGCCACCCCCAAUGGGAGCAACAACAACAACAAUGGCGAAAUUGGAGAUCUGCGUCGCGUGGUUGUGGGCGGUUUUUGCAAGAUUUGCAACGUGGUCUGCCACGUGCUGCACGAUUCACCGCUGGGUCGGAUGUGCAAGAGUUGUCACACCCACUGGAGGCGCACGGGCAACCGGCGACCCAUUUCCGGGCCGGAGAGCAAUGCUCCCCGAAGAUCCACCCACAAUUGCGCCGCCACGGCCGAUCGGUCCAAGCGCAAGCCGCCCAAGGGGAUGUACAUCAACCAUGACGACCUGACGGCCCUCGCGAGCUGCAAGAAUCCCAGUGUCUACUUGGCGGAACGCGAUCGCAAGAUCACAGCCCUGAUGGCCGAAAUCCAGAAGAAUAGGCAGAUGAUGGAGCAGCUGGACAAGGAGUGCGAUGCGAUCAACGUCGAGGAUGCGGCCUCCACCAAGCCAACGGCGGCGGCGGCGGCCAACAGCGCAUCCGAACCCGCUCAGCCACGCAUCUCCGCCCGCUGGUCGCCGGACGAGAUUCAGGUGGCCCUGUGCGCGAUACGCGAGUACGGCAAAAACUAUCCUAUCAUUGCCAAGCUGGUGACCACCAAGACGGAGGCGCAUGUGCGCACCUUUUUUGUGAACAAUCGGCGUCGCUACAAUCUGGACCAGCUGGUCAAGGAGUACGAGGCUGUCAAGUCUGAGGAGUCGGGCCCCGAGGAGCAGAACAACGAGCCAGCAGCCACCGAUGCAACAGCAGCAGCAGCGACUGCAACAGCGGCUGCAUCCGCAACAGCAAACGCAGCUGUGGAUUCCGCAACCGCAGCGAGCGUAGCAUCCACAGAAACCAGCAACAACAGCGGAGGAGUGGUCGAAGCUAGCCAGGAAUCGCUGGCCAAGAAGGAGGAGCACAAGAAGCCCGAACCUGCUGCUGCUGCCGGCGAAGCAACGGAUGCCACGGUGCCCACCACGGUGGCCUCCACCUCCUCCAGCACAGCCUCUGCUCCGAGCAACAAGUCCAGCAGUGGUACAAUCACCAUCACCGAUGAGUCCGACACGGCCACCAAUUCGAGCAGCGAUGUGGUGGCCCCGGGAGCGGUGGCUACUGGAAGCGCCACCACUGCUGCUGCGUCCACUGCCAGCUCUGCUCUGCCCGCAUCCCAAGCCAAGUCGCAGGGCAGCGAAGAGCCAGCGAGUGGUGCCGUUGCCUCGGGAACUCCUCCGCCGGCAGCCGUUGCUAAUCCCCCCAGCAAGCGGGAUAGCUCCGUGAUGGCCAUUGCCGAGCAGCCGCCGGCCAAGAAAAUCGCGCUAAGCGGCGGUGUCGAGUUCCUGGGCAAGUGAGGAGACCCCCGAUAAAUAUAUACCGGUAUAUAGGAUAGCUUCAAGGAGACGACAGACAGGCUGGGGGUACUCACGUCCAAGGGUGGUGCAGCCUGCUCACCGGAUUCCUUAUCCGUUCUCUUCUUUUUUUUUUGAAUUGUCUUUAAAUCUUGGGACGCAUUUAUUAUGUGAAAAGCAUCAAGCAUCACGGCUUAAACUAGGCUUUUAGAAAUUAGUUUCUAUUUUCGGGGUAACAUUUAGAGGAUACCCUGAAUUGAGGAUUGUACAUGCAUAAACACGCACGUAAUCUUUGACUCUGAAGCAGGCGAAGAAGUCGUACCCAGAAAUUUGAUUGAGCAUAGAUAAAUUCAGUACUUAUUAUUUCGGUUGAAUAAUAGUCGUCUAUGAAAACAGAUCUUGGAACCAUAUAAAUUACUUAUAACUACACCUGGGUACGGCCCUGGUAAAUGGGGGAAGAAUCUUUCACAACAUUUGUAUAGGUCAGAGAUGAUUUUUAAUGGGUUUAACGGGUAAGAGGGCACUCUCCUAAGCUUCGUAGGCCACACAAAACUAACGAGUAGUGCACACACAACAGAAAACAUUAGAUUCGCGGGAGAGUUAGUGCUGAUUAUGUAUGUAACAUUAUGAUAAUGAGUUUAUACACAUGUAAAUUAUUAACUUAACUGUCGUACGUUUUUUUUUGUCGUGAAUAAUUUAGCAUACAGCCAGGUCCUUGGGACAGGCGUACCCAUUAUAUACAAUCUGGAGAAUCACCCAUCCAUCCGGCCUCAAUUCAGCCACUUCAGCAACGAGUUUCUGUUAGGCUAAAUAUAAUGUAACUAAAAACACAGUUGGCAACUGGCAACAAUUGUAUACAACCAGCGCUAUUCGUUUAAGAACAAAAAAAUCAUUAAAUAUGUACAAGUAAUACGACAAAAUAUUCGGUCAUCUUACUAAAAAUCCUAGGAUCCUAAGAAUCUGCCGAUUUCGAAUUCCCUGUCCCCUUCUUCUUAGUAAAAGUGGUCUGAACAAGAAGUUAGCACAUCUCGGAUUCGGAACAGUCGGUGUCCAAUGAAUUGUUAAUAUUACAAAUAAAUAUAAAUAUAAUUCACAAAA